AUGUCCAGAUCAUAUGAUAGAGCACUCACGGUAUUCUCACCAGACGGUCACUUAUUCCAGGUGGAAUACGCGUUGGAGGCGGUGAGAAAGGGAACAUGCGCAGUUGGUUUAGUUGGUAAAGACUGCGUUAUUCUUGCUGUCGAGAAGAAGUCAGUUUUACAGCUUCAAGACGCGAGAUCGUUGAAGAAGGUUGUUGGAUUGGAUGACCACAUUUCAUUGGCAUUUGCAGGACUUACAGCUGAUGCUAGAGUGUUGGUUGAUAAAGCUAGGCUCGAAUGCCAGUCACACCGACUCACCGUAGAGGACGCUGUUACAGUGGAGUAUAUAACCCGCCACAUAGCUCAAAUUCAACAAAAAUAUACUCAAUCUGGUGGUGUUAGACCGUUUGGUAUUAGCUGCUUGCUUUCUGGGUUCGAUCCUUACGAAAAUACUCCAAAAUUAUACCUGACUGAGCCUUCUGGGAUUUAUACUGCAUGGAAAGCAAACAGCAUCGGUAGAUCAUCAAAGACUGUCAGGGAAUUCUUAGAGAAGAACUACAAGGAUGAUCUCAGCGACGAUGACGCUAUCAAGCUCACUAUCAAAUCACUCCUCCAAGUCGUGCAAACUGGGGCUAAGAACAUUGACAUAUCAAUUCUCAAGAAGGGCGAGAAGAGCACGCAGCUGGAAUCUGCCCAGGUUGAGCAGAUUGUAGAAGCCAUUGAAAGGGAAAACAAGGAAGAAGACGACAGAAGGAAGACUAGAUUGCAGGCUCAAUUGGAUGCUCAAUCCGCAAUGACCUGA